AUGAAACAUGUUAGAUUUCCUCAAUGGAAGCAUGAAAUAGCUUUGAGUAAAAAUCAAACAAGCAAUAUCCGCAAGAUAAGACUAUUGAAAAAGGAAACGACGACUUCAACUAUUAUUAGAGUAGAAAAAUUAAAUUCCAGUAAUAAAGGACAAAUGGAGCUCAACCAAGAUAGUCACGUUUUCAGUAAUUUGUGA